UAGCACAGGGCUGACGGAUUCCAGGCGAGAUUGGAGAGAGCGCUGGAAGGCUAGUGGAAAAAUGUCAGCGGUGCCUGAUGGCAAAAAACUGGUCCGAAGCCCAAGCGGACUCCGAAUGGUUCCAGAGAAUGGUGCAUUUAACAGCCCGUUCUCGCUAGAUGAACCGCAGUGGGUCCCGGAUAAAGAGUGUCCCAGGUGCAUGCAGUGCGAGGCCAAGUUUGACUUCAUCACCAGGAAGCACCACUGUCGGCGCUGUGGCCGGUGCUUCUGUGAUAAGUGCUGCAGUAAGAAGCUGCCACUGCCCCGGAUGUGUUUCGUUGACCCGGUCAGACAGUGCGGAGAGUGCAGCGCCAUCUCACAGAGAGAGGGAGACUUCUACGACAGACAGCUCAAAGUCCUCACGGGGGGCGGGACCUUCCUGGUGACCUUGGGCUCAUCUGAGAAAUCAGAAACUAUGUCAUGCCGUCUGUCUAACAACCACAGGUACCUCUUCAUGGAUGGAGACAGCAGCCAUUUUGAGGUGGAACUCUCCCGUAUCACCAGCAUGCAGGUGCAGACAGACGGCUCCACCCCUGGAGAGAAAGAUAUUGACACAUACACCAGCCUACUGGAGAGCACGGAUCUGUCAGAAGGGGGUACGUUGCGUUCAUGUGUGAUGUUGCUGCAGUGCUCGCCCCGGUCCCAGGAGCUCCAACAGCUGCAGCUGGAGACCGCAGGAGACGACCGCAAAGGCCCCACAGCCUGGCUCACCGCCAUGCACAAGGCUGCCAAACUCCUGUAUGAAUCGCGUGACCAGUGAUACACACACACACACACACACACACACACCGCCCCUGAGAUGGAGAGAUGGGAGAGAUAAAGAGAUGGAGAGAGGAAUGAAAGAGUGGAGGUCUUCAGUCUUCAGUCCUGCAGUCUCCUCAGAGGCUCUCUGCAGUGCACCGGACCUGUGUGUGUGUGUGUACGUGUUUGUACGUGUGUGUGUGUGUGUCUGCCAGAGAGCUGCAGAAUGCUCACUGACUCCAGUGCAAUAUAAUUACAACACACACACACACACAGAGCUCUAUGUGUAAUGAAUGCCCAGUGUAGUUUUAUUCUAUGGGAAGUGAAAUGUAAAUAUCUUUCUGAUCUUUCCUCCGCAUAGCUCCACCACACACACACACACACCUACACACUAACCCAAGUAUAACGUUUGUGUGUAUGUGUGCGCCGAAGAAAUAUGGUUUUCUCCUUUGGUACCAGAAUAAUACAAACACAUACUGCUUUACAACAGCACACACUUACCUCUGCUCCUCUCUGGUGUGUGUGUGUGUGUGUGUGUGUGUGUGUGUGUGUGUGUGUGUGUGUCUGUGUCUGUGUGUGUGUUUAAUUUACUCUUAAGUUCAUAUCUUUUCGCACUCCCACCAGAUGUAGACCUAUGGGUGGGGCUCUGUACCAGAAACAUUCAUUUGGUAUUUUUGUACGUUUUUGUAUUUGUAUACAGUCUGUCAUAUUAAAGGCGUUUUGCAUCCACCUCAGCAACUAGUGACACACCCUCCCCCCCCCACGGCCUCACCCUCUCAGGUAGGCCUGCCCCCUACUGGACAAAGGCUGUAAGAACCAAAACCGCGGCGCCAGAAAAGCAUGUUGUUGUGAUAACUGUGUAAAGCACCAAUAUGUGUUGGAGUGGCACCAAGUCUGUGACUUUAUGUGUGUGUGUAAGAUCUUUAUACGUGCGUGCGUGUGUGACCUUUAUACGUGUGUGUGUGUGUGUGUUGUUGUUUUCUACUGAAUGACCUGUUAGAAAGACAGUUGUGUGCCACAGAUGUGUGUGUGUGUGUGUGACCAAUUGGUAGUAAUGAUAUUAAAGCAGGUGUGUGUGUGUGUGUGUGUGUGUGCGCGCGCGUGUGUGCGUGCGUGCGUGUGUGCGUGCGUGUGUGUGUGUGUGUGUGUGCGUGCGUGCGUGCCUGCCUUACUGAAGGACCAGUCUUGUACAGAUUAAUAAAGGCCAUCUUCUGUCCACUGCCAA